AAUUAAUCAUUUGUGGAAUUUUCCUUGUUAGUCGCGACACUUGCAACAGAUAUAAGACGAUCCUAUGAAGCACAACUCAACAAAACAAUUGACAAGCCAUCGAUAUGUAAAUUUAUCAACAAUCACAUACGAAUGAAAAAAAGAAAGAAAAAGACAUGCGAACAUAGAAAAUUGUUAUGAUCAAAUUCAGAAUUCUACUGUUUUCUCAUUGCUUCAAGUACUAGCUAUUUGUAAACAAAAAAGCAAAUAAACUUCAUCAAUUUUCUCUUAUUCUUUGUUGCAAUUUGUUUACUCAAUGAAAAAGAAUAACUGGAAAGAAUUCUUUGAAAAUAUAGAUUCCGCUCGAAAUAAUAUGAAAAAAGACAUGAAUCUUUAGUGACUUCAAACAUUUGAAAUUUUUUAUUCGAUCUGAUAGAAGAAGCCUACUUACAUAGGUUUUAAAUGAUACUUUACUUGAGUCAAUAUUAAUUGACAAGUUGUUCUUUUUGUUUACUCGAUAUUAUUAUAUUGACCAAAACGUCUACCCAGUAUGGGACUACAGAAAGACAUGUAACAAUAUUUUUAUCAUUUGUGGAAAAAUACCCAGAAGUUCACCUAUAUAAGAGAAGUUGCAUACCAAUAUUACUUUAUGUUUUUAAUUUUAAUAUAUACAAAAUACAAAACUUGGUAAAUUAACUUACUCGUUCUGCUAAGCAGAAACUUUCACACACUUUAAUUAAAUUCAACUUUCGUUUGUUAUCGUUAUUGAAGGAAACAAUUCAUUUUUUUUUCUUGGGAAGAAUAUAUUCGAUAGAUUCUAAGGUUUUGAAUAGGAAAUCACUUUCAAAUAACAGCUUUACAUGAUCAUCAAUAGUGAUUAACUCUCGAAAUUUCAUUUUUGAAUACAGGUUUUUUUGUAUACAUCAUUUUUAUUUCAGUGUUUCAACUAUUUUUCAAAAACAAAAACAAUCGAUAUAAUGAUGUAACAAUUGAAGAAGUCGAUAAGACAAAAAAUCAAGAUGAUCUUACACAACUUAAAAUUAAUAUUAAACAACAUGAUACAAUUAUAUAUGGGAAAUUUAACUUGAUUUAUUUGAAAUAAUUUAUAAAUAUUAAUUUUUAUUUUUAGGCAUAAUAAUAAUUCAAUGUACUAUAUUAUCAGAAAUUCUCAAGAAUAAAAAAUUACUUAAAUAUUAUUGUGAAAAUUGAGUUCGUAAAAAUUAAUUGUAAAUAUGAUGGUAUUAAUACAAUAGUUAAUUUGGAUAUAGCAUUGAAGAAAACAAAAUCUAAGAACGAUUCAUUUAUAUUUUUCGAUGCCGAUGUUAUUCAUCCAACUAAUAUUACUCGUCAACAUCAAUCUAUUGCAGCGAUAGUUGGUUCUGGUGAUUUAUCAUGUUCAAGAACAGCUGUACGUAUUUAUAAACAAUAUUCAAAAGAAUGA